AUGUCCACCUCGGAGUCCUCACAGCACGCCUGCACCUGUGACUUCUCUGCCCUUCCAGACCGUUACCGCAGACGAGAAUUUGUUCGGGGAUUUUUCAAAUAUGGAUUUAAUGUUAUUGCCAGUAAAAACUUGGGCAAUCAGAGAAACGUACCAGAUGUCAGGAAUAAGAAGUAUCUUCAAAAACCUUACCCAGCCAGUCUCCCUGCCGCCAGCAUUGUCAUUUGCUUCCACAAUGAAGAAUUUCAUGCCUUGUUUCAGACACGAUCCAGCAUCAUGUACCUCACUCCACACCGUAUCCUUGAAGAAAUUAUCUUAGCAGACCACAUGAGCGAAUUUGAUGAUUUGAAAGAAAAACUAGACCAUCACCUGGAAAUUUUUCUGGGAAAGAUUAAGUUAAUAAGAAACAAAAAGAGAGAGGGCUUGAUUCGAGCAAGGAUGAUGGGAGUGUCUCUCGCUUCAGGGAACAUUCUGGUGUUCCUGGAUAGCCACUGGGAGGUAAAGAAAGCAUGGCUGGAGCCCCUGCUGUAUGCCAUCGCCAAGGACCCCAAAACGGUGGUGUGUCCUCUGAUAGAUGUCAUUGGCCACGUGACCCUGGAAUACCAGCCAUCGCCUGUCAUAAGGGGAGCUUUCAACUGGUAUCUACAAUUUAAAUGGGAUAACAUUUUCUCUUAUGAGAUGGAUGGACCAGAAGGACCCACUACACCCAUCCGGUCACCUGCAAUGGCUGGGGGAAUUUUUGCCAUAGAUAGACAUUACUUUAAUGAGAUUGGACAGUAUGACAAGGGCAUGGAGCUCUGGAGAGGAGAAAAUUUGGAAAUCUCACUAAGGAUCUGGAUGUGUGGAGGCCAACUCUUUAUACUCCCCUGCUCUCGAGUAGGACAUAUCAAUAAACACAUCCCAAAUCAACCUGCAGUUAUAAAAGCUCUGACAUAUAACAGUCUCAGACUAGUACACGUUUGGCUGGAUGAAUACAAGGAGCAGUUUUUUCUAUGGAGACCUGGUCUGAAAUCCGCUGCCUAUGGAAACAUUACUGAGCGUACUGAAUCAAGGAAACGAUUGAGAUGCAAGUCAUUUCAGUGGUAUUUGGAUACAAUCUUUCCAGAAUUGGAAGCAUCUACGGGCAGCCUCUAAAAGGAAAAUAAAUCAUUUUCAUUAAUGAAGGGUUAACAAGUUCCCUAUCCCUUCAACACAGAGAAGAGUACAAGUUU